AUGCCCCACUGCCCUCCACCAACCUUGUCUCUAUGCCCCACUGCCCUCCACCAACCCUCGUCUCUAUGCCCCACUGCCCGCCACCCCUCUCGUCUCUAUGCCCCACUGCCCUCCACCAACCCUCGUCUCUAUGCCCCACUGCCCGCCACCCCUCUCGUCUCUAUGCCCCACUGCCCUCCACCAACCCUCGUCUCUAUGCCCCACUGCCCGCCACCAACCCUCGUCUCUAUGCCCCACUGCCCGCCACCAACCCUCGUCUCUAUGCCCCACUGCCCUCCACCAAUCCUCAUCUCUAUGCCCCCACUGCCCGCCACCAACCCUCGUCUCUAUGCCCCCACUGCCUGCCACCCCCUUCGUCUCUAUGCCCCACUGCCCGCCACCCCCCCUCGUCUCUAUGCCCCCACUGCCCGCCACCAACCCUCGUCUCUAUGCCCCACUGCCCGCCACCCCCCUCGUCUCUAUGCCCCCACUGCCUGCCACCCCCCUCAUCUCUAUGCCCCCACUGCAAGCCACCCCCCUCGUCUCUAUGCCCCACUGCCCGCCACCCCCCUCGUCUCUAUGCCCCACUGCCCGCCACCCCCCCUCGUCUCUAUGCCCCACUGCCCGCCACCCCCUUCGUCUCUAUGCCCCACUGCCCGCCACCAACCCUCGUCUCUAUGCCCCACUGCCCUCCACCAACCCUCGUCUCUAUGCCCCACUGCCCGCCACCCCCCUCGUCUCUAUGCCCCACUGCCCGCCACCAACCCUCGUCUCUAUGUGUCCACUGCCCGCCACCAACCCUCGUCUCUAUGCCCCACUGCCCGCCACCCCCCCUCAUCUCUAUGCCCCACUGCCCGCCACCCCCCCUCGUCUCUAUGCACCACUGCCCUCCACCAACCCUCGUCUCUAUGUGUCCACUGCCCGCCACCAACCCUCGUCUCUAUGCCCCACUGCCCGCCACCCCCCCUCGUCUCUAUGCCCCACUGCCCGCCACCCCCCUCGUCUCUAUGCCCCACUGCCCUCCACCAACCCUCGUCUCUAUGCCCCCACUGCCCAACACAAACCCUCGUCUCUAUGCCCCACUGCCCGCCACCCCCCUCGUCUCUAUGCCCCACUGCCCUCCACCAACCCUCGUCUCUAUGCCCCACUGCCCGCCACCCCCCUCGUCUCUAUGCCCCACUGCCCGCCACCAACCCUCGUCUCUAUGCCCCACUGCCCGCCACCAACCCUCGUCUCUAUGCCCCACUGCCCGCCACCCCCCUCGUCUCUAUGCCCCACUGCCCGCCACCCCCCUCGUCUCUAUGCCCCACUGCCCGCCACCCCCCUCGUCUCUAUGCCCCACUGCCCGCCACCAACCCUCGUCUCUAUGUGUCCACUGCCCUCCACCAACCCUCGUCUCUAUGUGUCCACUGCCCGCCACCCCCCUCGUCUCUAUGCCCCACUGCCCGCCACCCCCCUCGUCUCUAUGCCCCACUGCCCGCCACCAACCCUCGUCUCUAUGCCCCACUGCCCUCCACCAACCCUCGUCUCUAUGCCCCACUGCCCGCCACCCCCCCUCGUCUCUAUGCCCCACUGCCCGCCACCAACCCUCGUCUCUAUGUGUCCACUGCCCGCCACCAACCCUCGUCUCUAUGCCCCACGGCCCGCCACCCCCCUCGUCUCUAUGCCCCACUGCCCGCCACCCCCCUCGUCUCUAUGCCCCACUGCCCGCCACCCCCCUCGUCUCUAUGCACCACUGCCCUCCACCAACCCUCUAUAUAG